AGUCGAUAGGUCUGGACAUCUAUGUCUCUCCACCUCUAUUGUUUUCGCAUCCGUUUUUCGGGAGUUCACAGAAUAAAAUGACUAGCUGCGUGCCAGCGCAGCAGCAAAAGGACCAGGAGCAGUUGCUGAAGGAACUGGCCAGCAGCGGCGACGAGAUGGACGACCCCGACGAUCCGGACCGCAACCAGCAUGCGAUGGUCGAGCCGACGUUCUCUUUUUCGAAUAGCAACACCUGCUGGGUGUGCAACGGCUACUAUGGGCCCAAUUUCGGCGAGCCCUUGUGCGGCGCCUGCCACGCCUUCCUGUACAACGCCCAGCGGGCGGAGGAGCUGCUGACGGAGCUCUCCGAUGACGAGGAUUCCGGGAACGACGAGCCGCCGUUCAAGGACAAGCAGGAGGACGAGGAGACCGAAAACGAUGUGGACAUUAUGGGCUUUGAAGAUCUGGAGGAUCCCGAACCGCCGGCCGGCCCACAGCAUGCAAAUCCCCAGCCAGCAAUAGAAGCGCAGGAUCAACAGCCAGUUCAGCCUGCUCUGGAUCUGCCCCAGCUGGCGAACGAAGCGGCACGCGAGUCGCCGGAGCGUGACUUCGAGCAGGAGCGGGCCAUCAAUCCCUUCCUGCUGCCCAUCAAGCGCCCGCGGGCCAUGGCUCCCCUGGCGCUGCCCCAUUACAUGCAUGAACUGGCCGACGGAAGGGCGAGAGUGCAUGAAUAUAACGCUGCCAGCGGAAGCAGCAGCAGCAGAAACAUCGUGAACCUAAUACCCGUCGAGGUGAUGCUGAAGAUAUUCGCCUAUCUGGACGACAUGUCGCUGUGGAUGGCCAGCGAGGUGUGCAAGCAAUGGCACGACAUUGUCGGCAAGAACACGGCCCAAAGCAUGUGGAAGGCGUAUAUCAAGCAGCGCUGGCCGCUGUUCGAGAGCUUGGCGGACAAUCCCAACUGGUACCGGCUGUACGGGCUCCUGUGCUCCUCCUGCUUCUGCCGCACCUGCCUGAUCGAGAUGGGCGGCAGGGGUCAGGAACGGCAGCAGCAGCAGCAGGCGGGCCAGGAGCUGGUCGAACGCCAGGAGCCGGGCAACGCGAUGCGCAACAAUUUCCUGCGCGGCGAGGCCAAUCUGCUGAAUAGCUACGAUUCGGAGGGCAUAUCGGCCAUACCGCUGGAUCGACAGAACAACUACUGGCAGGCCACGAUACUGGGGCCACCGGGCAGCCCCUACGAGGGCGGCAAGUUCUUCCUGUUCAUCUACUUUCCGGAGCGCUAUCCGAUGACGCCGCCCACCGUGCGAUUUCUCACCAAGAUCCUGCACCCGAAUGUGUCGCGACACGGCGACGUGGGCAUCGACAUCUUCCAGAAGCAAAACUGGUCGCUGGCGCUGAACGUGGCCAAGGUGCUGCUGUCGGUGCAGAGCCUGCUGACCGACCCUUACACCGAGGUCUGCAUGGAGCCGGAGGUGGGUUACAUCUACGAGCACGAGCGCGAACGGUUCGAGCAGCUGGUGCGUUCGUGGACCUGGAAGUACGCCAUGUUCGAGCUGAUUGCACCGCGCUAGGAGAUCG